GUGGGGGCGCCCGCCGAAGAGGCAGCCAAAUGGCGCCCUCUGCAACCCGUGCCCUGCCAACCAAAGUCGCAACGCUCCCCUCCCCUCCCGUUGUUUCUUGCUCUCCUCCACCAUGGCCGGCUUCUCCUCCAUCGUCUACCGCGGCGGCUCCCCCCGCUUCCUCGGCAUUUCUGUCGCCCGCUUCAUCGACUGGAUGCCCACCUUCGCCAUCUGGGGUGUCACCCUCACUGUGGGUGGCAGCUUCUUCCUCGAGCCGAUCCCCAUCUUCCGCCGCGACGUCCUGGCCAACAUCCCGAUUCUCGGUGCCAAGUACGCUGUCAUGGCCUCGGAGGAGUCCGAGUAAGAGAGGCCUCCAGAGCAUCCUCCUGCCCGCUCUCUCCCCUUAUCUCCCCCUUCCCGGUCGCGCGCCCCUCACAGCCGGGGGACAUGCUCGCUUUCCCUUCCGUGUGCGGGCAUGGCCCUCCGUUCCCCCCCUUUUCCCAUCACAGACCGACUAUAUAAACCUCAAUCCAU